AUGGCAAAAUCAAAGAACCACACCAAUCACAACCAGAACAAGAAGGCUCACAAGAAUGGGAUCAAGAGACCCGCCACUGGCCGGUAUCCUUCUCUCAAAGGGGUUGACUCAAAGUUCCGAAGGAACCAGAAAUUCGCCAAAGCAGGCACCUUGAAAGCCACACGAGCUGCCAAGGCAUCAUGA